AUGGUGGACCAGCUUCAAGGAACAUGGAAAUCUGUUUCUUGCGAAAAUUUUGAAAACUAUAUGAAGGAACUGGGAGUAGGAAGAGUGAACAGGAAGCUGGGCUGUCUGGCAAAACCCACUGUGACCAUCACUGCAGAUGGAGAUGUAAUCACCAUCAAAACCAAAAGCAUCUUCAAAAACAAUGAGAUUUCCUUCAAGCUGGGGGAGGAGUUUGAGGAAAUCACACCAAGUGGCCGCAAAAACAAGAAUAUAGUAAUCUUAGAUAACGACUCCUUGGUUCAAGUUCAGGACUGGGAUGGCAAAGAAGCCAUGAUACGCAGAAGGCUGGUCAACGGGAAAAUGGUGGUGGAAAGUGCACUGAAUAAUGUCACCUGUACUCGUACGUACGAGAGAAUAUAAGAACAUUCAAUCUCAA